AUGUUACAACUAUUCUGUGAUAGUAUGUCACAUUACAUAACUAUUCUUGAUGAUAUAGAAAUGUACGAGCAACAAAAACCAUUUGUGAUGCGUGACUACAUUUUAAUGUCUAGUUUUUUGAACAUAUUUCUUUAUAAAGGAAUAUCUCAGAAUUUAUUUAAUAUUCAAGAUAUAACUUCUUCAUCAUAUAGCUUGUUUCGAUCUUGUCGCACUCUUUUAAUGGUACUUUAUCGCAGGGAUUGUCGUAGAUCAUUUGCACCUGCAGGACACUGGCUGAUUGGUGAUCUUAAAACUUCUUCAUUUUUUAAUGAACUUAAAAAGGGUCGUAAAAUAUACUCGAUUUUAAUUCAAGAAAUCCCUCAUAUAGUUUCUCAUGAAACACGUGUUCGAUUAUUUAGAAAAUAUGUUUCUCGUGAAAAGUUUGCUUUGGGUGUACAUGAAUUACAUGAUAAUGAAAAUUUCAUGCCACCAAUAAUUACAAUACGGAGGAAUCGAAUAAUUGAAGAUGGUUAUACAUACGUCUCUGAAUUGCCACUGAAACGUUUCAAAGGUGUAAUUAGAGUAAAAUUCAUAAAUGAACAGGGAUUAGAUGAAGCAGGAAUUGAUCAAGAUGGUGUAUUUAAAGAAUUUCUUGAAGAAACUAUAAAAAGAGUAUUUGAUCCAUCAUUAAAUUUAUUUCGUACUACAGAUGAACAAAGGUUAUAUUCAUCGCCUUCAUCUCAUAUUCAAGAAAACCAUUUGAACUUAUUUGAAUUUGUUGGUCGCAUAUUGGGUAAAGCUGUUUAUGAGGGUAUUGUUGUUUACGUUCCAUUUGCAUCAUUCUUUUUAAGUCAAUUAUUAGGUCAAACUCAAGAGCUACUAUAUAGUUCAAUGGAUGAGUUGCCGUCAUUAGACAAUGAAUUGUAUAGAAAUUUAACAUCUGUUAAACAUCAUGAGGGCGAUGUUUCAGAUUUAGAUUUGACUUUUUCAGUAGUUGAUAAUCACCUUGGUGAAUUAACUACUCAUGAUCUUAUACCCGGUGGAAGAGUCAUAUCAGUUACUAAUCAAAACAAGAUUAAUUAUGUGCAUUUAAUGGCACAUUAUGUAAUGCAUACUCAGAUCAAAGCACAAACAGCAGCUUUUAUCAAAGGGUUUAAAUAUGUAAUAAAUCCUGAAUGGUUAUCAUUAUUUUCUACUCCAGAACUUCAAAAACUGAUAUCUGGAGACAACGCUCCUAUUGAUUUGCUUGAUCUCAGAAGAACCACACAAUAUUAUGGAGGAUUUCAUGACUCACAUCGUGUGAUUCUGUGGUUGUGGGAAGUUCUUCAAAAAGACUUCACAGAAAAAGAAAGAUCACUUUUCCUGAAAUUUGUAACAAGUUGUUCAAAACCACCUUUACUUGGAUUUGCAUACUUGGAGCCUCCAUUUUCCAUAAGAUGUGUUCAAGUAGCAGACGAUGAAGAUUUUGGUGACACACUUGUUAGUGUUAUUCGAGGAUUCUUCACUAUUCGUAAAAAAGAUCCAAAUCUUAGACUUCCUUCAGCAUCUACGUGUUUCAACUUGCUCAAGCUUCCAAACUAUCAGAAAAAAAGUAUUCUUAGAGACAAACUUAGGUAUGCAAUUUCAUCAAAUACUGGAUUCGAACUGUCAUGA